GUUGCUCCAGGCACCUAAGGUAGAUGUCUACCUAUGUACCUACCGGGGCAGAUCCUGUUCCAACGUUCCAAUGCUCCAACGCUCUCACUGUCUCACACCUAUCAGUUUCCCUUCCUACACGCGUUUGUUUCUCUAUCUAUGUGUUGGUCAAACGCAUCCGUCCUACGUGAAGUGAAAAACUGUCGGAUAGGUACCUCUGCCCAACGGAUGGAUGGCAAAUCAAACGAAAUCAAGGUGUAUGCCCAGGUAUCCAAGCAACCUACCUGCCUAGAGGUAUACACCUAGGGGGGGUUAUAAAUUUAAUCCGCCCCUCCCUCACCAUGCUAACCAUACACUUCCCCUUCUUUCCAAGCCCUCGUUAGCCUUGCUGUCCACGCAUACAGGCAUAUUGAUAUCUACCUAUGUAGAUAUAUCGUCUACACAGAUACAGCAUGGCUGGCCUCAACCUGGGACGCCUCAGCAUUGGGGACGACGACGAAACCGCUUGCAUCGUCUGCAACAAGCCGGAUGCUCACUUUUGCAACCGGUGCAAGAGCGCUCGUUACUGCUCGCAGCAAUGCCAACAGAUCGACUGGCCUACCCACCGGCUGCUCUGCCGGGCCUUCUCCGACUUCGAUGUCUCGGCUCGGCCCUCCGACGAAUGCCGCCGGGCGCUCUUCUUUCCCGUCGAGGGUAAGAUGAAACUUGUCUGGCUGCAUUUCCGGGUGUCCAAAUACGACGACGAAGAGGACCCCUGGGACCGAACUCCUGAUACCGAUCCUUUCCUUGGUCCCGACUGUAUUUUUGCGUACGCGUCUAUCGCGUAUAACACCGUCUUGGAGAGGAGCGUGGAUAACUCGCUUGGUAUCUGCUACCGUGACACCUUCCUAAUGGACGGCUCCAAACCCAACAAGAGCGUUGCCGCCAUCACCGCCACCAAACCAGGCGAAUUGUAUGAGUGGCGGGGCCCAAUGCUGGCGUAUACCGAGUAUAAACCCAGUGUCGACCAUGUCUACCCUGGAGACUUUAGCAUGAGGGACUUCCGAAACGUCACCGACUUCUUCCUGACGUACAGGGCUAAUCUCGAAAAGCCUGUCCUGCCGUCCGGAGAAACGGUUAAGGGCGUGAGAGUCAACUGCCUCGGCGACCGGAAGAUGCUCAAGAGGCCUCAGUUUGAGGCCGUCGACGUUCCCGUGACAAAUGCCAUCUUCCUCGACCACGACGUUUCUGAGAUCACGAAGCGCAUCGGGAUCCCCAUCUUCACCUGGCAAUGUCGGCCGCACCCCAAGUGGGCCUACGACGAGAGCAACAAGAUGUUCGAGCACGAGAGCCCUUACAACAACCAGCUCGCUACGUUCCUGCAUCUAUCAUGCAAUCCGAACAGCCCGUUCAAUUUCAACCACGGAACGAUGGGCUGGGGAUUUCCCUCGAUGAAGUGGCAGAACGACGUGGGGAGCGCCGUGAUCGUGCGCCAGGACCGGAAGCCGCUGCACCCGGCCCACGCCGAGGCGUUGUGCAAGUACUGCAUGUUGGAGGUUGCUCCCAUGUUCAGGCACUCAAACGGUGAAUUUGCGCCGGAAGAGCCGAUGGCUAAGAAGGACGUCCUCGCCAUGAUCACCCGGCCCCUGUUCGCCAUCUACUGGAAUAAGCUGCAGGAGGAGAAGUAUCAAAAUGGAGACCACACAUCCGUCCCAAGCCCUUACGAUCCUGAGGGUGAGAAUUAAUCCCCUGGCAAUUUGAGUUGCGGGGACUAUGGCGGGCGAUCGGAGGCGGAGUGGUAAUGUCGGAUGGUUCGCACGGUUAGGCAGCUCCCGAGUAUUGCGAGUAAAUGCUAUCACUACGAACUACCUGCUAGUAUUUCAUGCUUGUUUCAGGCCACAUAAGCAGCCGUGACGGCGAAGGUGGUGCCCGCGAGGAGAUAGGCGGGAUCGUAGCGGCCCCGGCGCCAUGCCGCCACUGUGAGU